AUGUCGUUUUGGUUAGUAGGAAAAGCUCAUGUUCAACUGAAGCGCUUGUCUUCUCUAUCCAAGGACGCCAAUCCAUUGCAUACUGCUGUAUUGCUCUUUGCUCACUUUAGUCUGGCGUUUUUCAUUGCAGCUUUUACACCUCUACUUAUAAGAAGUGCAGCGCUUCCAUCAUCAACUAGGAAUGAGAUUGAACUGAAUCUGUCGUUUCAAACAUGUAGUGAUGAUCUUCAUGGCAUUUGUUCCUUUCCGUCAGUUACGUUGGAGUACGAAAAGGAGUCCUUGUUUUCACCGUCAGUAACCUACGCUUUGUCUAUUCGUCUUCGUUUUGCUGAUAUUGGACGCGAACAGAAGCUUGAAGUCUUCCAGAAUGUCAUAUCUUUAUACGACAAAGACGAUUUGUUGGAAACUUAUUCAAGGGUGUCGUAUUUGAACAAGCCAAAUUUUCUUACAACGCUUUUACGGACGGUUUUCUUCCCAUUGUAUUAUGUUGGCCUGUUUUAUGACUACAACACUUUGGAUAUUCCUAUAACAACAUCCCACACCGAGACAGUUACGAAGUCCUCCACGAAGCUUUUAUAUCAGCUGCAAGAUCGCUUUGCACAGGUUGAGAGUGCUGUACUGAUUGUGGAUGCACGUUUUGGAAUAAUUCGGCAUUUUUUGUAUAACUGGCCAUUAACAUCUUCCAUAGUUUUAUUUGCUUCUUCUUUUUCGGAAUUUGGUUUAUUUCUUACAGAAUAUAAAAAUGGAUUUUUUUAG